UCCAUGUCUGGAUCCUUUGAGAUCUGCUGGUGAAUUUCUGUUGGGGAUACUACUUUUGCCUCACUGAAGUUGCAAAAUUAGCUUCCUAAAGUGCCUGAGGGAUUCUAGUUGGUUUCAGAAGAAGGAAAAUGGCAGAAAACUCCUUAUUUGCACAGCGGCUGCAUGUUCUUACGGAGCGGCGGAGGCUGCAAGAGCGCAUCCUAGCCACCCGGCGGGAACUGGAGGAAGAGAGACUGCGAGUCCAACGCCUCAAGAGGAAAUCCCUGCGUGAACGGUGGUUGAUGGAGGGAACAUCAAUGCCUGCUGAUGACAAGGAUCACAUGUCUUCUCUUUGGAAGGCAGAGUCUCGCGUCCAAGACUUAGAACAAGAUCUGUCCAGUCUUCAGUCUCAAAUGCAGGACCUAGAUAAUAUGGACCUUCCCCAAGGACAGCAGCAGCAGUCUCUGAAGGAGGUGAAGCCAUUGGAUGGCAUUGUGAAGAUUGAUGGGAUGUCUUCCUCUUCUCCAGAAAAGGGAACUACUACUGAGACCAAACUUGAGUUGGCUUCUGCUUCUCCUCAAAAGCCCAUGGAGGCAGCAGCCAAAGAACAACUGGAGAAUGGAGAUAUGUCAGGAGAUGGUAUUUCUGGCAAUGAAUGCAGCUCUGAAAAAACAGAAGUCAAAGUAAACCCUGUGACUUUAGAAGGUGGGGAUUUUCAGCCUCAUCAAGGGAAAAUCGAGGCUGCUCCUACUACGAAGAAUUUGGAUCCUAAUGAAGCCCCUACUGCUUACCAAAGAAAGCUGGCAGUGGAAAAGAUGGUCAUCAGAGAUCAUUUGGGGCAGGAAGUGGGAAGCAUGGAUGUUGUUGGGCAGACACAGAAUUUCAUUAGAAAGGAAGAUGAGUUGGGAGACCAUGAUAACAUAGGAAAUGACUGUGAAGAAUGGAAUACUUCAGGUAGUCUUUGCAAUGUGGUGGAUCAAAAGAAGACUGGUUGUGCUACCGAAAACCACCUGGACUGUGAUCUUGGUAGCCGUGAUGGCCCAGAUGGAGCCUCUCCAACUUCUCAUGAUCAACAAAAUCCUUCAAACCUUCUGCAGGAUAAUGCUAACUGCUUUGAUUCCCCCAGGAAGCAGGGAGAUAGUGAGCAGGAGAUAGGCUUGUUGGUCAAGGAGUCAGUUCUGAUGGAAAUGGGGCAGAAAGAACUACCAGAACAAAAUGCAGACGAGGCAGAGCCUGCCAGAAACCUGGCAAUCUGUGAUGUUGCUACAGAAGAAGCAGCAGGGAACCAGGCAAAUCAUACACAGAGGGAAGAGAUGCAAGAAUGCCACGGAUCAGACCCAAUAAAGCUGGAAGCAGCAGAAGAGGAGGAAGAGACCAAACAAUCUGUUUCAAACCAUGUCAUUCUUGGUCAAGGAACAAUUACAAAUCCUUUGGAAGAAGCUAAGCUAGAUCCAGUAAUGACUUCAUCUUCAUCAGAUCAAAUUCCUUCUCUGUCAGAUACUAAAGUAUCCCUUCCAGAACAGAAUCCAUUAUCUUUUCAGGAAACUGAAAUUCUAUUCGUGGAGUCGGAACAGUCAUUAUUACCAAAUCAGAGCCCAUCACUCCUUUUGGACCAGUCUGUUUCACUGCAAGAAAAUAAGGAUUCUCUUCUAGGUCAAACCCCAUCUUCAUUGCCAGAAUCCUUGAUAGCAUCAAAUCCAUCAUCUUUGCAAGACCAUUUUUCUUCUCCAGAACAGAAAGCAUUCUCAUUACAAGAUGAUACUACUGCUCAAGAAGCUAAAGGCUUCUUAUCGAACCAGACGCCAUCGUCCAUAUCUGAAACUACUGAAAAAAAUCUAGACCAGAUCUCAACAGCUCUUCAAGAAUGUAGUGAUUCAGUAGUAGAUCAAAUACUGCCCAACUCUCCAGACCAGCUCCCAUCUCUGCCAGAAAAGAUUCCUUCCUCGUUACAUGAAGGACAGAGAUCACCCCACAUCUUGCCAACUGUUCUGGGCCAAGAACAGUCUGCGUUGGAGAUGAAAGGUUCCCUUCUGGAUAUAGCCCCUUCUGUUACUAAUCAACUCUCUCCUCUGUCUGAUCAAACCAUGCCCCUUGAAGAAGCCAAUAAUUCUUCCUUGGAAGAAGUUCCAGUAGCUUUGCAAGUCCAAAUGCCAACUGUUACAGAAACUCAAACACUGCUUCUUUCUGAGGGUGAUAAAUUUUCUUCAGGACAGAUCCCAUUAACUGAGAAUGAAAAGAAGGAGACACCAACAACUGGGCCAGACCAAAAUCCCCUUGCCCUCCAGGACCAGAAACUCCCAUUUCUGGAUGGCAAGGAAGUGACAGGAUCUCUAAUUGAUCAUUCACCACUUCAAAAUCAGACCUCUUCCUGUCUUCCAGAAGGAUCACUUCAAGAGCAAGCUCAGCCAACAGUAGUGGAGCACAUGUCAGUCUCUCUGCAGGACCAAACCUCUUCCCUUAAAGAAACAGAAGAGACUCUUCCAGGAAAGACAUCUCCAUUUCUUGUGGCUCAAUCUCCAACCCCUAACAAAGACCAGGGUCCAAUACUACAAGAGACAACUGUUCUUGAUGCUUUGUCGACUGUCAAUCAAGACUCUGCUCAACCCCUUCUGGAUGCAGCUGUAAAUUCAGAGAAUCAGGAACUGAAAGAAGAUAGAGAUGCUAAUUUGGCUUCAGAAGCCGAGACCACUGAGAUCCAAGAAAACAUUGCUGCUGAGCAACAACCCUUGUUGAAUGAGCUGAAAACCACAGUAACCACCCAGGACAUUUCCCUAGGAGAUCAGCAGCAGUCCAAGAGUGGGAUCCAAAAGCACCAGGGUGCCUCAAUCCAGGAGGCCCCAAUUUACAUCACCACUGAUGGCAAUCCCGCCUCAUGCCACCUCCAACCUGCAGCGUCACACCAGGAGGAGGACCAAGAGCAGGGGCAGAACAGACGUAAGCAGAAGACAUGCCAGUGCUGCUUGGUCAUGUAAGCUCGGCGUCUUUCACUCAGUUGAGGAGAACAGGUGUCAUUGAUCUGGUCCUAGCAGCAGGCUCUGAAAGUGGUAACAUGCCCUGCUAAUCAUGUAGUGUAAGCAUCUCACACAUUCACGCAUGCGCAUGCACACACAUGCAUACAGUACACACUCCAUGGAGGGAUUUGAAAGCAAGUUGCAUAGAUGGGUCCAUGGAAGGCUUGCUGCAUCACAAAAGAGAGAAUGUUCAAUGACAGGAUUGUUUCUCUUUUAUUGAUUUCUCAUAGCUCUCCUCCCAGUUUUCCUGGAGGCAGAAAAUGAGGGAUGCCCUGCUUGGGCAGAUUGUAUCGGCCCACACAUUCUCCUGCAGCAUGCACACUUCUCCCUACACUAGCAGUGUACACCUGCAUUUCUCUUGGCGCUGUCAAAUACUGUAUCACCAUUCCCUCCACUUAUAGUUUAUGUGCCUGCAUGUCAUCCUUGUUGUGCGUGCAUGUACAUUACACAUUCAGAAUGCACAUGUGUUUGCACAAAGGUUAACAACAUGCAAACUGAGAUAGUGGCAUUUCCAUCUUUUCUUCCUUUGGCUUGCAAGGCAUUUUCCUAUCUUGGAAAACACCCGAGUUAUGUGCCAUUACAAACCUACAGGCUUCCACCACCUUUUCACAGGGCUGGACACAAAGGCUACAAUAUGCACGCAGAACUCCUGCCACCCACACUCUCCGCCUGUGCCUGAACCCCGUCUGGUGAGUUGGCAUGACCCACCAAGUCAAUCUGGACCCAUUCCAGACACUGAGCAAUACCCUCUUCCUCCUGUUCCCACCUCCUGCACCUCGGCUAAGAUGGCCAGCUGAACACAACUAAUCUUGCAGGGCAGUGACAAAUAGGACACAAGAGGACUUCCUGCCAUUAGGCGGUGCAUUGCAGGGACUUUGAACAAGGCACUGUUGGAACCUUCUCUCCUAAAUGUGGUCUCCAGUUAAGAUCUCGUGUGUGGUAGACUCAAUGUUCUGCCUCCCAAAACGGACUGAGAAAUCUUUCCUAGCUCUGAUUCUUCCCUUCCUAUAACAAGCCUGGGUUUGUGUCCUGCUAGGUCACAGGCUCUUCCCUCAACCCUUCAUGUCCUCCUUUCGGUGACUGUUUAUUCCGUGCACUUUGUUUUAAUUUUAGUUAUAUAACUUCUGUUAGGGCCACCACCUAAGCCAGUAAGAGCCUUUUAAAUGUCAGUUUCUGGCUAAUACUGAUUCUCAAUUAAAGUCAGAUGCAAUGA